AUGGCGACAUUCAAGCAGUCCAAGCAGGACCGAGGGUUGGAGCAGAUGCCGCCCGAGUACCACGUGCACGAGUCUCCGCUGUUGGAGGAUUCCGUCUUGGGGGCGCUGGUGAACACAAUGGAGCCGUCAUCUCUGGUCAAAUUGGACGCGUUCUCACUGCCGACGUCGUUCGCGCUGCUGUUCGAACCAGAGCUGCUCAUGCCGACGGCUGCUUCUGCGCGUACCACAACUGUGAGAUGCUAUCCUGCUACUGUGAGAUGCUACUUGCUACGGUCUGCCAGUGUCCAGUGCCAGACGUCAUUGCCACAGCCCAAGACACUGGCAAUACCAGUACUACCGAUCCAACCUACAAUCCUACGCGUGUCUAUGCAUGUACUGCAUCCCGGCGUACCGGUCUGCAACGCGCUCACGUGCGAGCGGCGUGCGGAAGAUACCAAGGACUGUAUGAAGGACGACAUUGGUGGCGGUGAGCAACUGCAACUGCGUUGCAGGUGA